AUGAGAGAAGAAAGUGAAGUUUACCUUUUCAGAGAUUGUGACUGGGCAUCUCGUUUUUGGUUUGUGUCACCUUUUAACCUCCGAACAGAAGCUGCUGCCGGAAUGCCGUUGCUAGAAUGGGUAUCGACAACUCUAAACCAAAUUGAAAAGGAGAGAAAGGGGUUGUUCAUUUGUUGCUUGCAUGGCCUAUGGCAUAGUAGAAACAAACUCCUAUUCGAGAACGGGAACUUGACAUCAGAAACAAUUUUGGAGAGAGCAGCCAUCUCCUUUGCAGAAGCUCUGUGUCCAACAAAUUCAUCACCAUCGAUUCAAGAGCUACUUCCAGGCAAUCAAAGUCCGAGUGGGUGGAGAACUCCACCACCAGACAGAUACAAAAUUAAUGUGGAUGCAGCUAGCAAUAAUGGAGUCAAGGGAGGAGUAGGUGUAGUCAUUAGAGAUAGUAAUGGAGUUGUUGUAGCUGCUGCCACGUUGGAAGUGGCUCCUGCACUUUCAGUUAGAGAAGCGAAAGCAUUUGCUUUCUACCAGAGAGUGAAUAUUGCAGCCCAAACUUGUUUCUUAUAA